AUGGUCAAUGGUUACAUGACAACUGCUCUGGUGAUUCUUGGCACUAUCGGAAAUGUGCAUGGAGUGAAACGGGUUCAAGUGACAAAUCUCGAUAAGCGGCGAGGAAUCGUUUUAGCCGUAUCACUGAUAGCCUUAGCCAUUUGGGACACGAUCCUUCUGUGGUGUGCCUUUUUCUAUUACGCUAUUCGAAAGCUACCGUUAGCCGUCAGCACUGACUGGCUGAAUGUUCUCAUGCCAUGGUUUCAUCCAUUCUCUAAUAUUGCCAACACUGCGGCGGUAAGUUAUUCAAAACAUUUGGUGGUCACUGGGGUAGACAUAUGCUUGUUUGGAAAUUUAUACCCGACUCCAUUUUUGGAAUAAGU